UUUGGCUAUUGCGUAACUGUAACAAAAACUCGUGAUUAGCUUCUUCGUGCUUAUUGAUAUUGAUGUAAAUGGAAUUAAGACAGCACUUAUUACUAUAAAAUUUACUGCUAAAUAUCACAUACAGUAUUGAAGGGAAUAUAGUUCUAUUUUUGUCCGUGGAUCAAACUUUCUUUCGACCCAUCUGACAUUUAUUAGGUUGCAUUGUCUUCCGAACAUUACAAAGUACUAUAAAUGGAACCAAUGAAUUUUUUCCCAGCACCUUUUUCACUAGGAACAAGCGAUAUGACGGUUACAGAUGUUUUACCAGCACAUGUCGAUGUAUGCCCCCAGAAUGUCGAAAAGUCCAUUGUGAGCUGUCAAAUCGGUAAUGUGCUUUACAGUAGCAAGUUAAAGUCUCCUUUGAGGGAUUCUAAUUAUGCUACUAUAAUUUACAACAAACGAACAAAAAGCGUUGAAGUUAUUCACAAAAAGCCGGAGUUCCUUGAGCCUUGCUUUGAUGAUGACGUAAUUGAGGUCCCAAAUUCAGUGAAAGCUGAUAGAGCCACUCUCAUCAAUGCUUUCGGUUCUGUCAAAAAACAACGUGCUUUACGUGAAAUGGAAAGAAAUCAAACUCAAAAGAAUUCGGUGACCAAUGCUCAGGUGAUCGAUCGAGCUAUGCAUGGUCAAACCAAAUUAAAAUAUGAUAACGAAGCCAUUUCGAAUAAUCCUGACAACGAAAUGGAUUGUUCUAACUCUCAAACCGAUGAACGUCUCCGCCUUCUUCCACCAAUAGUCUUGAAAGCUUCUUGUCCUGCGGAUGUUUAUCCUUAUGAAAAAUUAGUUCCUCCUAGAAUUUCAGAAGCCUUAAAUUCGGAGGUACAACGUAUUAUAUCUGUUGAUGUCAAUUCGAUUGAUACUCUAAUAAAUAAGAGUAUUUAUCCGCAGUGGAUAAAGAAUAAGCUGUAUAACUUGUGUACAACUAAGUCUGAAGGUUAUACAAAACUUGUUACCGGUUUGGUGUUUCUCAGUCACAUGUUUGCUUUGUUUCACUUGCCUAACCGAGACCUGAUGCGCAAGGUCCCACUUCCAGAUACACCAAAUACUGUUAACAAAUAUCUUCUUACUCAGUUUACAGCAUCAGUUAGUCGAAAUGGUAUGGGACGUCUAAAAGUACGCGCAAUGUCACCAAUGCUUCGUGAUAAAUUGAUUACGCACAUGUUAGUCCUGAUACUUCAUUGUGACAAUUUCAAGACGAUGGUUGAUAGUUUGACUGUAGACUUCAAAAUCGGACGUGAAAGGUUAACUCAGUUUUUCCAAUAUUUGGGAUGUAAAUGUUCAAAGGUUGAAAAUACUCAAAACAAAUCUGAAUUGAACAUAGUAGCUGAACUGGUGACACCCGUAAGAUUACCGGAUCUCAAGUCAAAUAGAGCACCACAUUGAUUUUAGCAAAACAAUUGGCGACUGUACAUAAAGUUGUUCUUUUGUUAAA